AUGCAGCAUUACAGUAUCACUGUCAUCGACUCAUUAAUAUUUGUCCCCGAGAAGAUUAGCAAACAAGAACUUACCGUAUUAAACUCCUUCGCCAUUGCUAAAUGGGUAAUCGAGUACAGUUCAUCCUCACGUGACACAGUAGGCGUCAAAGCGCACUCCAACAACUCCACCCAACUUCCAUUUCUUCCGUACGGCCAAUCAAAUUCAGCCGAGCAUUCCCAAGGCCCAGUCUAUCUGGCUUCUUUUAGUGUUCGCACUCUGAAGCAGGCAGGACAACAAAUUGCUCUUGCUCUUACACUGAAAUUGAUUGACAUAUAUGUGUGUACGACAGCGAGGCAACGAUGUCAAACAGUGAAGUUGUGCUGUGGAUGA